UUUCUCGGGUGUCAGAACACAAAACCAAGACACCAGUGUCUUUCUCUCUGAGAGAGAGAGAGAGACUGCUUGUUUAUAAUUUAUAUCUUGUAAAUGAGCAAGUGAGCACAAAGUUGGGUUUUUCUUUGAAUGGUUCAUCUGUUUUGUAUGGACAUGAGGAAGAGAGAUUCGAUUCUGUGGACAAAACAGAGGAAUGAACCGUGUUCUACAAUUCAGCACAUAACAGGACAACAACAAUGCAUACAAGCACAAAUUGUUGCACCAUUACAAACAACAGCACCCGCUCAUUCCUCAAGACUAGCUUCACCUGUUUCCCACAACACUCCCUCAAUCAUUCCCAUGCUUCUUGUUGCUUUCCUUCUUGUAGCCUCCUUACUUAGUCCUGUCCAGUCACUCCCCAUUGUAUCAGAUUCUGGCCACUUGCUGCCGGCCAACCAAACUUUUCACCCGGGUUCAGAGUUGAACAAGCUGAAGAGGAUCAGAGCUUAUCUGAGGAAGAUCAACAAACCUGCUGUGAAGACAAUUCAGAGCCCUGAUGGUGAUAUAAUAGACUGCGUGCUAUCUCAUCUCCAGCCUGCUUUUGACCAUCCUAAGCUCAAAGGACAUAAACCAUUGGAUCCACCUGAAAGGCCAAAGGGCAAUGACACUACAGAUACAGUGGCAGAGAGCCUGCAGCUAUGGACAGAAUCUGGUGAAUCAUGCCCAGAGGGAACUAUUCCAAUUAGAAGAAACGCAGAAAAAGAUAUUUUGAGAGCAAGUUCUCUUAGGAGAUAUGGAAGAAAACCAGCAAGACAUGUGAGAAGAGACUCUACAGGCAGUGGUCAUGAGCAUGCAGUUCUAUUUGCAAAUGGAGAUCGCUUUUAUGGAGCAAAGGCCAGCAUGAACGUGUGGGCGCCCCGGGUGACUGAUCAAUAUGAAUUCAGCUUGUCACAAAUUUGGGUCAUUUCUGGUUCGUUUGGCCAUGAUCUAAAUACCAUUGAAGCUGGUUGGCAGGUUAGCCCUGAGCUAUAUGGAGACAACAAUCCAAGGUUCUUCACUUAUUGGACAACCGAUGCAUACAGAACAACUGGAUGUUACAACUUACUGUGCUCAGGCUUCAUCCAAACCAACAACAGGGUUGCUAUAGGAGCAGCAAUCUCUCCAAGGUCCUCCUACAAGGGUAGACAAUUCGAUAUUGGCCUAAUGGUUUGGAAGGAUCCCAAGCAUGGGCAUUGGUGGCUGGAAUUUGGAUCCGGUCUACUUGUAGGAUAUUGGCCAGCAUUCCUGUUCAGUCACUUGAGAAAUCAUGCCAGCAUGGUACAAUUUGGAGGAGAGAUUGUAAAUUCUCGAUCAUCAGGUUUUCACACAUCUACUCAAAUGGGUAGCGGCCAUUUUGCAGAAGAAGGAUUUGGAAAAGCAUCAUAUUUCAGAAACUUGCAAGUGGUUGACUGGGAUAAUAACUUGCUUCCUCUAUCAAACCUUCAUCUCUUGGCUGAUCAUCCAAGCUGUUAUAAUAUAAGGAAAGGGAGAAAUAUUGCAUGGGGAACGCACUUUUAUUAUGGGGGUCCUGGAAGAAAUGUAAGAUGCCCAUGAAGAAAUUGGCACAGGAUAGAGAGAGUAGCCUUAUAUUUUUCUGCAUUUCUGUUUUAUUUUUUUCGUGUUGGUUUGGGGUUUCAAUUUGCGUUUUAGGCCUUAAUUAACAUGGUUUGGGAGUGAUAAAAAUUCUCACAAAAUUUCAUUUUUACUGACGGAUCACCGAUUAUUCGUCCCACGUUUGGGAUUAUGUAAAUUUGUGGAAAUACAAACUGUACUGUCAACAACAUUGAGUUGUGUUCUGUGUUCA